CCUCUCCUGCUCAUACAUAACACCAACGCAACUCACCCGCACCUCAUAUACCCCCCACCCAACUCACUCUACAACCACAGCAAACAAAACAAAGCAACGCCCAUCAUUCAAUUCCACAAUGUCCACGCUUACCCCCGAAGCAACCCUACAGGCUCUAACGACCAAAAUCGAGGCCACCAACCUCCUCAACACCACCCACAUCCACCAACUCCUCACCACGACAGCAACCACCGAAACCACCGAAGAGAAACUCACCCUAGAGGCCUUCCUCGGAGUAUUUCCAGCAUCCAUACAAGAAGUUCACACACCCGCCCUCACCAACAUCUACCGCCUCCUCUGCUACCUCUCCACCUUCCCCUUCCACGCCCUCCCCCUCCCGAACAGCUUAUCCUACGCCGCCCUCCUCCGCGCCCUCGCGCUCGCCUCCCCCGAAAUCGCAUGCUCUCCGGAGCUCUUCGAGCAGAGCAACCUCACCCGCCGCCGGACGCGAGCAGAUUUCCGGCGCCUCGUCUUCCAGGGUCUUGCGAGUGGGGUAGUACCCAAAACUGCGGAGCAGGAAGAGAGUCGUGAAGCACGGGAGCGCGAGCGGGAGCACGCCCGGCGCAAUGCGUUUGAUAUCCCCUCCGCGGAGGACGAUCCGGUGCAGUUAGAAUUCUGUGCGGUGAACUAUGAUGAGGAUGGGGAUGAGAUGUUUCAUGACGUUCUGGAUGUGUUGUAUAAUGUGCAAGAUAAGAAGGUCUGGGAGGCGGGGGUGAUGAGGGCGGGGUGGAGGGAGGUGGCUAAGCAAUUGGUUCACGAGGUGGAAGUUCAAGCUGAUGCUGCAGCUGGUGCGGAGGAGGUUGGGGAGAGAAGGGUCAGGGUGCGGGAGUUGGGCAUUUCACGGAGUGGCUUGAAGGUGGUGGUGCGGUUAUUCUUGGAGGGGUUUUUUGGCAUUGAUGCCAAGUACACUGUUGCUACAAGGGAAAGGGAGAAAAGAGAAAACACAGAAACUGGAGGGGAGGAGGGGCUGGAGGAAGCAGCUGAGUCUGUGGUAAAGGCCUUCACGAGAGACGAGGACGGGCUGGUGGCGUGGGAGAGGUUCGAUGAGGUUGUUCGAGAUAUUAUGCCGCAAUUCUUUGUCGGGUUACAGAAGCUGCUGGCCCCCCUGUACCAACCAGCAGAUGACAGAAAGGACAUCCUCGACCAGUUACCCUCCCCAAGCAACAUCGUCACACGGCCUGUCCUGGCGCAGAUGGGGAUGCUUCUCGCGGAGACGGUGGCCUUCGACUCGCUAUUGCUGCGCGGGGCGUACACCCACACCACCAACAGCGCGGCGACAUCCGCAGAGGCGCUGACGGCUUUUUUGCGCGACGAUGAGGAGCUUACGGUCGUGUUGAUUGCCGGACGGUGUAUGCGGUCCCGCCAGAAAGUAGUGUUCGGAUUUCAUCUCCCUUGGGCAGGGUUAGAGGGUGCGGCGGCUUCGUGUCUUCUGUUUCAGUUGCAUCCGGUGCAGGAUGUCUUUCCGGGGAGUACAGCCGAGAUCCCGCGGCCGGGUUAUCGGUUUGAUGCGAGGGAAGGGACAUUAGUUUUUGGAGAAGACGGAAAAGGCGUGCAAUUGGUGCUGGAGAAGGAUCUGAAGAGAAUGAGCGUGCGGCAUGUCGUGUCGACGAAGGGGGGGUAUCAGGCCAGGGAAUGGAGGGGGAACUGGACAAUGGAGGUGGAGGUGCACGAGAUUGAGAUCUGGGAUGAGGUGUAGAGGCUUGUUGAGAUUGCGUAUUGUCUGUUCGUCUCGUGAGGAUUCACCAUAAAAGCUUCCAAGGUCACGAAAGAAGAUCAAGUACGCGCCAGGCUCUCGAUACGUAGUGUGUGCGAGAUUCAAGUCACGUAGAGAGUAGUUGGUGCCUGGGGCCCAAAAACACGCCCUUGC